UGGUCGGAUUUAUUUUCCUGUAACACAUUCGUCAUGGCUGUCAGACGUCUUCACGUUUACUGAGCAUAGUCUCUUUUCUCUUCUAGCUCUCGUUGCGUUUCGGGUGUGUCUCCAUGUUGACGUGGGCGUAUUCUCCUUCGUUGGCGACCCCGCAAAUGUAACGUGAUGUCGGAUAAGCGUCAGCGGGCCAGAGUCCAGGGCUCCUGGGCCAAACCACUGCCCAAACCACCGCGACCCACAGGUUCAGUCUCAAACAACCAACAAACCGGACAAGUUAACCCAGACCCUAAUUCAUGGGGAAGUGGGCCACAGAAGACCCCAAAGACGUUUGAGUUCCAUCAGCCCACCAAGCGAGUUAGAGAUGUUCCAGCGGUGAAAGUGAUAGAACAGGCAGGUAUUCACGAGAUCAGCCAUGGACCAUCGGGAGUGUCCAGACUACGAUUGCUUCCCGGGUUUCUGCCCCCAGAAGAGGCUGACUGGAUGUUCAGUAAGCUGUUAGCUGAGCUUCCCUGGUCCCAGAAGACCAACUACAGACAAGGUGCUGCGUACGAGGAGCCCAGGCUGACCUGCUGGUUCGGAGAGCUGCCGUACACGUACGCGCGCUCCACCCUGGCUGCAAACACACAGUGGCAUCCGGCGCUGUCGGCGCUGCGCGGGGCGGUGGAGCAGGCGAGCGGCUGCGGCUUCAACUCGCUGCUGUGCAACCUGUACCGCGACGGCCACGACAGCAUCGGCUGGCACAGCGACGACGAGGCCUCCCUCGGCCGCCGGCCCACCAUCGCCUCCCUCAGCCUGGGCGACACCAGGGUGUUCGGCGUCCGGAAGCAGCCCCCCCCGGAGGAGAAUGGCGACUACACUUAUGUGGAGCAGAUUCGGGUUCCUCUCGGUCACGGCACCCUUUUGGUGAUGGACGGAGCCGUGCAGGACGACUGGCAGCAUCAAGUGGCGAAAGAGUACCACGACCGAGGCCCACGCAUCAACCUGACCUUCAGAACCAUGCACCCCGAGCCGGAAGGCCACAGGCCGGGUACCAGGCUGCGAUUCACAUCCAACCAAUCAUAAGAAGGCUUUGAAGGCUUGAUAUCAUUUCAGCAUUUCUGCAUAUUUAUAUUUUAUUUAUUUUUGUUACAGUCUUUGGUUGGUGUGUCUGGCUUUGACUUAAAGAGAAGUCAUGAGUGCCUUAAUGAAACACAGUGUCCCUUUGACCAUAAGGAGUCACUGCUGACGCACCUUGUGAAUCUUGGGGAGUUUUUUGGAGAGAAAACCCGUUUGCUAUAGAAAUGGGACGGAACAAGGGAAACAGCCAUUCAUCAGCCAAUUACAGCUCCAUCAGGACUGGAAUUGGUUAUUCAUCCUGUUAACGAUUACUCAGAUCAGUCUUUUAAAGACUUACUUCAGCUUUUAUAAAACCUUCAGUAUACCAUGAAGCACAAUGUGUGCUUUCACCAGCAAAACAAGUGGAUAUAGUUAGAUACAAGUUGUUUUUUGGAUAGUCUUUCAUUAGACUUUGGCCUUUGUUAAUUAUCAUACCAUGCAAACCAAAGAAGGCCGUGUGUACGCUACAAACAGGACUGGAGACGUAGCAUCGUGUCCGCAUGCUAAAUGACGAGGUUUCUGUUGAUUUAAGCCGGUGGCGGUUUAGUUUCUGCAAAUACCACCUUGCAUUAAGUUCCACAAUGAUUCUGUUCAAACUGAUAUUAGUGCAUCGUGUGGAUUGAGGACUCUAUACUGUUCAUGUUCCAUUGUGAUUUUGUGACACUAGAAUGAUGCGAUAGAUGUUCAUUGAUGUUUUGAAAUAAAUUAUCUCGCAAUCUACUUCCAUUUUGUCCUAAUUUCCAGGUAAAACAUGUUUUUCAAUCCGGCAUAAAAUAUAUAUUUUAAAGUUUAUAUUGAAUUCCACCCCUUUCAU